GGCGCGCAUGUAAAAUAGUCACUGACAAAAUGGACAAAGGGAACUACCUCAUUGCUUCGAUUCUUUUUCAACUGCUGGACUUAAUAUGUGGACAGUUCUUUCCAGGCAGCUGUUCAUUUGAAGACCCCUACAGCAGCUGUGGCUACAGUGUGGCCCUCGGGACCAAUGGCUUCGCUUGGGAGCAAGUCAACACUUGGGAGAGGCCCACCAUGGACGCAGCUGUUCCCACAGGUUCUUUUAUGGUGGUGAACGGCUCCGGCCGGGCAUCGGGACAGAAGGCCCACCUGCUCCUGCCUACCCUGAAGGAGAACGACACCCACUGCAUCGACUUCCACUACUCUCUAUCCAGCCGCGAAGGCUCCAGUCCCGGGGCACUCAAUGUCUACAUUAAGGUGAACGGCGGCGCCCAGGGUAACCCUGUGUGGAAUGCCUCCGGCUCGGUGACCGAGGGCUGGGUCAAGACCGAGCUGGCCAUCAGUACCUUCUGGCCCAACUCCUAUCAGGUGAUAUUCGAGUCUGUAUCCGUACAAGGCCAUCCAGGGUUCAUCGCGGUGGACGAGGUCCGAGUGUUGGCCCACCCAUGCCGGAAAGCGCCUCACUUCCUGCGGCUGCAGAAUGUGGAGGUGAAUGUGGGCCAGAACGCCACCUUCCAGUGUACCGCCGGGGGGAAGUGGUCACAACACGACCAACUGUGGCUACAGCAGUGGAAUGGUAAAGACACAGCCCUCAUGGUGACGCGGGUGGUGAACCACCGGCGUUUCUCGGCCACCGUCAGCGUCGGGGACACGUCUCAGAGAAGCACCAGCCGCUAUCGCUGUGUCAUCCGCUCCGAUGGUGGCUCUGGGGUCUCCAACUACGCAGAGCUAAUCGUCAAAGCUCCCCCCACGCCCAUUGCCCCUCCGGAGCUCUUGGCGGUAGGGGCCACCUACCUGUGGAUCAAGCCCAACGCCAACUCCAUCAUCGGGGACGGACCUAUCAUCCUGAAGGAGGUGGAGUACCGCACCACCACUGGCAACUGGGCCGAGACCCACAUCGUGGAUGCACCCACCUACAAGCUUUGGCAUUUGGACCCCGACGUGGAGUACGAGAUCAAGGUUCUGCUGACCCGGCCAGGCGAGGGAGGCACGGGGCCCCCGGGACCUCCACUCAUCACCCGGACCAAGUGUGCUGACCCAGUCAACGGGCCUCAGAAUGUCAAUGUGGUGGACAUCCGGGCCCGCCAGCUCACCCUGCAGUGGGAGACGUUUGGCUAUGCCGUGACGCGCUGCCACAGCUACAACCUGACCGUGCAGUACCAGUACGUGUUCAACCAGCAGGAGUUUGCGGCCGAGGAACUGAUCCAGACGUCGUCCCACUACACCCUGCGGGGUCUGAGGCCCUUUGUCACCGUUCGCCUUCGCCUGGUCCUUGCCAACCCUGAGGGCAGCAAGGAGAGCGAGGAGAUCGUCAAGCAGACGGAGGAGGAUGUUCCCGGCUCUGUUCCAAUGGAGUCCACCCAGACCGGACCAUAUGAGGAGAAGAUCUUCAUGCAGUGGAAGGCACCUAACGAGACCAAUGGUGUCAUCACGUUAUACGAGAUCACCUAUAAGGCUCUGAGCUCCUUGGACCCCAGUGCAGACCUGACCACCCAGCGCGGCAGGGUGUUCAAGCUACGCAACGAGACCCAUCACCUGUUUGUGGGGCUCUACCCGGGCACCACCUACUUUUUCACCCUCAAAGCCAGCACCAACAAAGGUUUUGGACCCCCUGUUACCACCCGUAUCGCCACCAAGAUAGCAGCCCCAUCGAUGCCGGAAUACGAGACAGACACGCCCCCUCUGAACGAGACGGACACCACCAUCACAGUUCUGCUGAAGCCUGCCCAGUCCAGAGGGGCUCCCGUCAGUGUCUACCAGCUGGUGGUGAAAGAGGAACGCAAGCAGAAGGUGCGGCGGGCAGCCGACGCGCAGGAGUGCUUCCCCGUCCCCGUCAGCUUCAAGAAUGCCUCCAUCUUGGAUUCGCCUCACUACUUUGCGGCGGAGCUCCCGCCCACCUACCUGACUGUGGUUCAGCCCUUCACCGUAGGCGACAACAAGACCUACAACGGCUACUGGAACCCCCCCCUCUCUUCGUCCAAGAGCUACAGCAUUUACUUCCAAGCCCUGAGCAAAGCCAAUGGGGAAACCAAAAUCAACUGUGUGAGACUGGCUACUAAAGGCGCGUCCACCCAGGACUCGGACGCUGUGGAGCCCGAAAAGCAGGUGGACAGCAACGUCAAGAUGGCUGGUGUCAUCGCAGGCAUCCUCAUGUUCGUCAUCAUCCUACUAGGAGUGGUUCUCACCUUUAAACGCAGGAAACUGGCCAAAAAACAGAAGGAGACAGCCAACAGCAGCACCCAGCGGGAGAUGGGGCCGGUGGGCACGGCUGACAAGAGCACCACCAAAGUCAGCACUCUGCACAAGGACGACCCUUUCUCCACCAGCAGCCAGGACCUCAAUGGUUUCACAUCCCCCUCUCCCUGCUCCUUCUCUGUGCAAGGCAAAACCCUGCAAAGCAAAUCCCUUUUGAAUUCCUACUACUCAGACAGCAGCCAUAGUGAGUUGGCUCAGCCAUCGUUGACCAUCCAGACGUACCCAUACGGGGGCUGUGAGUCAGUAGAGAUGUCCUACCAAGCAGGCCAGUUCCAGCCAGCCAUCCGUGUAGCCGACCUCCUCCAGCACAUCACCCAGAUGAAGUGUGGCCAGGGCUACGGCUUCAAGGAAGAGUAUGAGGGUCUGACGGAAGGACAGGCGGCCCCAUGGGAGACUGCCAAGAAGGAUGAGAACCGCAACAAGAACCGAUAUGGCAACAUCAUCGCUUAUGACCACACUCGUGUCAGACUGCAACUGCUAGAUGGAGACCCCCACUCGGACUACAUGAAUGCCAACUACAUAGACGGGUAUCAUAGACCAAGACAUUACAUUGCCACACAAGGCCCCAUGCAGGAGACGGUGAGAGAUUUCUGGAGGAUGAUCUGGCAAGAGAAUUCUGGCAGUAUCGUCAUGGUUACGAACCUGGUGGAAGUGGGCAGGGUGAAGUGCGUGAGGUACUGGCCUGAUGAGACUGAUGUGUAUGGAGAUAUCAAGGUGACACUGAUCGAGACAGAGCCACUGGCUGAGUACGUCAUUCGCACCUUCACAGUCCAGAAGAAGGGCCACCAUGAGAUUCGGGAGAUCCGUCAAUUCCACUUCACUAGCUGGCCUGACCACGGUGUGCCCUGCUACGCCACUGGCCUCCUAGGCUUCGUCCGCCAGGUCAAGUUCCUCAACCCUCCCGAUGCCGGCCCCAUCGUGGCCCACUGCAGUGCCGGGGCUGGAAGGACAGGCUGUUUCAUAGCUGUGGACAUUAUGCUGGAUAUGGCCGAGAAUGAGGGUGUGGUGGACAUCUUCAACUGCAUCCGCGAACUGCGCUCACAAAGGGUUAACAUGGUGCAAACCGAGGAGCAGUAUGUCUUUGUCCACGAUGCCAUCCUGGAAGCCUGCUUGUGUGGAAACACAGCCAUCCCAGUCUGUGAAUUCAGAGCCAUAUACUACAACAUUAUCAGACUGGACCCACAGACCAACUCUAGCCAAAUUAAGGACGAGUUUCAGACUCUGAACAUCGUGACUCCCCGGGUUCGGCCUGAAGACUGUAGCGUGGGACUGCUUCCCCGGAACCACGACAAGAACCGCAGCAUGGACGUCCUGUCUGUGGAUCGCUGCCUGCCUUUCCUCAUCUCUGUUGAUGGAGAGUCCAGUAACUACAUCAACGCUGCCCUCAUGGAUAGCCAUAAACAGCCAGCAGCCUUCAUCGUAACCCAGCACCCACUGCCCAACACGGCCGCCGACUUCUGGAGGCUGGUCUUCGACUACAACUGCUCCUCGAUAGUCAUGCUCAACGAGAUGGAUGCAGCGCAGCUUUGCAUGCAGUACUGGCCCGAGAAGAGCUCCUGCUGCUACGGCCCCGUCCAGGUGGAGUUCAUCUCAGCCGACAUCGAUGAAGACAUCAUCAAUCGCAUCUUCAGGAUCUGCAACAUGGCCAGGCCCCAGGAUGGCUACCGUUUGGUGCAGCAUUUCCAGUUCAUCGGCUGGCCGGCCUAUCGGGACACGCCCCUGUCCAAGCGCUCCAUCUUGCAGCUGGUGAGACGUCUGGCCAAGUGGCAGGAGCAGUACGACGGGGGAGACGGACGCACCGUGGUCCACUGCCUGAUGGGUGGUGGACGUAGCGGUACCUUCUGUGCCAUCUGCAGCAUCAGUGAGAUGAUCCAGCAACAGAACAUUGUAGAUGUGUUCCACACCGUCAAGACCCUGAGGAACAACAAAUCCAACAUGGUGGAGACUAUGGAACAGUACAAGUUCUGCUAUGAAGUUGCUCUGGAGGCCCUUAGCUCAUUCUGAGAGAGCAACGUUGCCUCUCGUGUCUGUGGGACACAGUGCUGACACUGCAGACACCAACCCAUAUGAGGCAGUGGAUGUGUGUGUGACCACACACAUGUGAAACUCUAUAAUGAAGAAAAAAACACCCUCCACACUGGGGUUAUGUGUGCGCUUUUGCAAGACUGGGACCCCUUUCGCUUGUAUAAAGAAAAAAUGGAAUGAAAACCUUUAAACACAGCUUUCCUUCUCUUUCUUCAAUGUCCAUCUUGGACUGUGAUGUGAUCUUGUACAGUAAUUUCCUUUUUAGAUAUAUGCCUUGAAUUUUAUUCCCUCAGUGUAAAAAUACAAACCAAGAAAAUAAACUGACAUGGCUUCAGCUGAUGGGGAUAAAAAAAACACACACACAAAAACAACACAAUCAGAUUAACAAACAGAACCGAUACAGACGAAGACAAAUGCAAGAUGUGAAGAUUUGAACUCCACCUGGCUUUGCACCUCUUUUUAAAGAAUAUUAAUAACGACUGUAUUAUAUAUUUCCCCCUUGUUUUAACAGACACAAAAUGGCAGAUAUUUUUUGUAAUUCUUUGGAUUUUGUGGUUCCUGCAACUCCCUUACAUCCAUGUGCACACGCUGGUUCUCACAUUCGCAAAGUUACAUUUUUCUUUUGGUAUUGUGGCAUGUUCUCAUCCUCUUGUCCCAUGGUUCUUGUGCUGUGCAGACAAUCAUGAAUUAUUCUGGGCCCGGUUUUCAAAAGCAUCUUAAGGCUAAGAUGUGUUUGGGAAUCCGGGCCCUGGUUUGCUGCAUUGAAAAUGAGAGAAGAGUCAGUCAACACUUGAGCGUUCUAUGCUGGCUCUACACAGUAUUCAUCAAAACUUAUUUUACAUUCAUGUGUUUUGGCAUUUCCACUGUAUUUUGCACUACUUUACCUUCAAUCCCAUUUUAAAAUGGUGUCAUGUAGGGGAGACUAGGGGUAAUCGUAACAGGGAGCAAUUGUAACACGUUGCAUUUCUCCAAACAGAAACAACCUGGAGUGAUGAAACACACACAGUACAUUUACAUUUGUCUGAAAAGUUACAGCCAGAUAUCUCACUAUAUUCACUUUUAAUGGGCAAAUGUUUGUUUUUCAGGGAUGAAAGAAGUUUUUUCCACCGGUUGUAUUUUUAUAAUACUGCAUAGGCAUUAGUGUCCAAUAAUUCAAACGAUCGUAAUUUUCAUCACUAUAUGUGGACUAAACAUUGACAUGAAUGACAUGUCACUAUUGUUGUCUCUUCCUAGGCACAUGACGUUUUGCCAUGGCUGCUGGGUUGGGGGCAAUUGCCAAUUGUAAUUCAGUGUUAAAAUGACCCUGAGCCAAGCAGCCAAAUUAUGAAAACGAGUGAUUUUAACUUUAAGAUUGUAUGAAUUAUACAUAUAACUUUAAAUAUCCGUGGUGUUCUGCAGAGUGCCACAGAAAUUAUAAGCAGAUAUAAUCUGGAAACCAUCAUAUUAUUCAGAUAUUUUGAGAGGAACCAAAUGGCCAUGCACAAACAGGGGUGUUACUGUAAUUAUUGUUUACAUACAAAACAAUAUUCAUAUUUAUUGAAAAAUCAUUAUUUUCGUCUAUGAUAAUAUGAUAACUUAAAAAACAUGAAUGUUUAUGAAUUAAGUGAAUUUAUUUUGUUUAUUUUUUAGGUGUUACAUUUGACCCCAGCUACUGUUACAAUUUCCCUUGACACAGGGCACAUGUAAUGUCCGGACCUUUUUGGAUUACAAUCAAUAAUGUGAUCUGACGGUCAUUAUGCACAGACAUAUACAUGGUAUGAAUGAUUAGGACACAGAUGUAAGUUUCUUAUAUAAAAAAAAAUAUUGGCCUCGUUCGAGUGGUCUCUGAGCAAAAGAGUAAAAUGCAAACAUUUUUACAAUUGCCCCAGUCUCCCCUAAUUUGGUCGAUAGUGCCAUACUCACAUCUUUAAACAUAUACCAUUUUAACGGAAUUGUGUAGAAACAUAUCAGCCAACAUUCUAUUAAUGUGCACCUCAAGCUUGCCACGCACUGUAGCAGCCCCCACCCUACUGUUUCCCAGUCUCAGGAUUUGGAUAAGGAGACUGUUUUUCAUCCCUGUCCAUUCUGCCCUCAUAUUCUACUUUAUAAGAGCAGUUUGGCUUAUUGUGAGGCUGUCCUAAUAUGGACCCCGUAACCGUGUCCUACCAUUACUCUCCGCCCAUGCAUCUCAUGCAUACUGUUUGGAGAACUUCGGAUUGUCUUCAUCCUCACUAGACAUGGAAACAGAAUCCAUCUGAGAUUGUGAAUCCAACUCUUGACUGAGGGCGGGAUUCAAGUAGAGAGCUCCAGUCGACUAUGGUGCUUUUGAAGGCAGCGUUUGCAGCAUUUGCAGAAAUCGUAUUCAAGGCAAAUGCUGCAGAUGGCUCAAUUGGAAACUACCUUAAAAUGUCAAGCUUGCUAUAGAGAGUUUUGGAUUGACUCCCGGCCUGUUAUUUUUGCACAGGUUUUAUGUCCAUUGAACAGUUUUAGUACAGUAUUGUACAGUGCUUUGUCAGAAGAAUGUUUUGCUGAACAUGGACAGUCACUUACAGUAUGAGGUGUAGAAGAAGUAUUGUGUCAACACACAGCAUAGUUGUAUUAUUAACAUGCAGCCGUUUGGUGACGGGAACACAGAGAAACAGUGUUGGAAUUCUAAUGAAGAGAGGUUAAUGUCAAUGUUGUUUGUUUUGCUUUUCAUAUUUCCACUGUCUAUAUUAUAUUUUGUUUUCCUCAUUUUUUUCUCUUGAAUUUGUUUUAAAAAAUGUUGUCUAGCAAAGUGAUAUUUAGAUCUGGUGAUGAAAUUGCCAUGGUUGUUUUGUUGUUUAACAAUGUGGUUACAUCAAAUAAAGGGACCAAAAUGUU